CUCUCAUACAACACAGUCGAGUUGGGCCGUUGCCAAGACCCGCGAUGCACUUGCAGGCGCCAACUUUCCCGGCCAGACCACCGAAACGUCAUUGCCUUGCUGUCUCCUGCACGUUAUAAUCACUUCCCCUCGCAUCGCGGUGCUCUCGUUUUCUGUCCCUCUUUUUGAAGUUUUUAAUUUGUCUAGUCUAUCUUUCUUUUCUCCCGGUCAGCGCCAGCUCUUCUUUAGUGUUGCUGCGCUGUCCGGUCUGUUGCCCCAACUUCCGCCACAUUCGGCCUUCAGUUCCCCUGACCCUCACGGAUCGAGCUCACAUCAGCCGUCACGAUGAGUCGUACCGAGGCGGAUUUGGCGAUUAACAUUCGCAAAGCCACUAGCAUUGAGGAAACCGCUCCUAAACGCAAGCAUGUGCGAAGCUGUAUCGUUUAUACUUGGGACCACAAGUCCUCUGCCGCCUUCUGGGCUGGUAUGAAAGUACAGCCCGUUCUUGCCGAUGAGGUUCAGACGUUUAAAGCCCUCAUCACGAUACACAAGGUUCUACAAGAAGGACACCCGGUUGUGGUUAGGGAGGCGCAGUCCCAUGCCAAUUGGGUGGAUAGUUUGAUGAGAGGUGUUGCAGGAGAUGGUAUUCGAGGAUACGGCCCCCUUAUUCGUGAAUACGUCUUCUUCCUCGAAUCGAAAUUGGCUUUCCACCGAAACCAUCCCGAAUUCAACGGAUUGUUCGAAUACGAGGAGUACAUCAGCUUGAAAACAAUCAACGAUCCAAACGAGGGUUACGAGACGAUCAACGAUCUCAUGACCCUGCAGGAUCAGAUUGAUGCGUUCCAGAAGCUGAUCUUCUCUCAUUUCCAAUCCGGUACCAAUAACGAGUGCAGAAUCUCUGCGCUGGUUCCUUUGGUGCAGGAGAGCUAUGGCAUCUACAAAUUCAUUACCAGCAUGUUGAGAGCCAUGCACACAACUACGGGUGAGGCUGAAGCCUUGGAGCCGCUUCGUGGACGUUAUGAUGCUCAGCAUUAUCGCCUCGUUCGGUUCUACUACGAGUGUUCAAACUUGCGCUACCUGACUAGUCUUAUUACUAUUCCCAAGCUACCCCAAGACCCACCAAACCUGCUGGCUGAAGACGAUGAGCGCCCGGCUCUACCAAGACGGCCUGCCAGAGAAAUUGAACCCGAGCCGACCCCACCGCCGAAGGCGACAGCGCCUGAACCGGAACCAAUCAAUGACUUCUGGACCAAUGAAGCCAAGCGCCAGCAAGAGGAAUUCGAAGCAGAGCAACGGCGUCUGCAGCAGCAGUGGGAGGAACAGCAACGACAGCAAAUUCUUGCACAGCAACAAGCUCAGCUAGACUUUGAGGAGCAGCAGCGUUUACAAAUGGAGCAGCAGCGACUUGCCCAGGAGCAGCUUAUGCGUGACCAGUAUCAACAACAGAGCCAGGGUCGAUUGGCAGAGCUUGAGCGUGAAAACUUGAAUGCUCGAGCCCAGUACGAGCAGGACCAAUUGAUGCUGCAGCAAUAUGAUCGCCGUGUGAAGGACCUGGAAGAGCAGAUGAAUCAGCUCAGCAUUAACAUGAACCAGCAGAACACAUCAAGAGAUGACCAGAUCCGCUCUUUGCAGGAGCAAGUGAAUACCUGGCGAUCCAAGUAUGAGUCUUUGGCCAAAUUGUAUUCUCAGCUCCGUCAAGAGCAUCUUGACCUGUUGCAGACUACAAAGAGCCUUAAGUUGAAAGCUGCGUCCGCGCAGGAGGCUAUUGACCGGCGGGAGAAGCUGGAGCGCGAGCUCAAGACCAAGAACCUGGAACUCGCCGAUAUGAUUCGGGAGAGAGACCGCGCUCUCCAUGACAGGGACCGCUUGACUGGAAGCAACAAGGAUGAAUUGGAAAAGAUCAAGCGAGAACUCCGAUUUGCCAUUGACCGUGCUGAGAAUGCCGAACGUUCCAAGGGCACCGAGAUCUCAUCGAUGUUGUCGAAAUACAACCGUGAGAUGGCAGACUUGGAAGAGUCACUGAGGAACAAAAAUCGCGCGCUGGAAGAAGCGUCCAGCCGAACAUCCGAACGUCAAGGGGACCAGGACCUUGCCCUGCGUGAAAAGGAUGAAGAGAUUGAAGUCUACAAGUCUGGAAUGGAGCAGGCACUCAUGGAACUCGAGGAACUGAAACUGAACCAGGGUGAUGCCGACACUGCGUUGGAUUCCCAGAUUGACACCGUGUUGCACAGCACCGUCUCAAAGAUCAAUGACAUUAUUGAUUCUGUGCUACAGACUGGUGUGCAGCGUGUCGAUGAUGCACUGUACGAGUUGGACUCUUCCAUGCAAGCUGGUAACCAGAAUGCUUCUCCCCCCUACGUACUAUCCCAGAUCGAAAAGGCAUCUGCUUCUGCCACCGAGUUCUCUACGGCUUUCAACAACUUCAUCGCGGACGGCCCGAACAGCACUCAUGCGGAGAUUAUCCGUACCGUUUCCAUCUUCGCUGGCUCCGUCUCCGAUGUCCUGAGUAACAUCAAGGGCCUGAGUCGGUUCGCGAACGACGACAAGAGCGCCGACCAAAUGGCAAACACAGCCCGCAAGUCCGCCCAGGCAACUGUCCGGUUUUUCCGAGGACUUCAAUCCUUCCGUCUGGAAGGCUUGGAACCUCUGCAGAAGACUGAUGUCGUCAUCAACAACAAUCUGGAAGUCCAAAGAGAUUUGCAGGCCUUGUCAAAGUUGGUUGACGCAUUUGCUCCCAAGAACUCCAAGAUCAGCACCAAUGGAGACCUGGGAGACCUUGUGGAUCAGGAGCUUACCAAGGCCGCCGAUGCAAUUGACGCAGCAGCGCAGCGCCUGGCCAAGCUCAAGAACAAGCCUCGUGAUGGCUAUUCGACCUACGAACUGCGUAUCAAUGAUGCUAUUCUUGAAGCUGCUAUUGCCGUCACCACCGCUAUUGCUGAAUUAAUCAAGGCUGCUACUGCAUCUCAGCAGGAAAUUGUUCGUGAGGGUCGUGGAAGCUCGUCCAAGACUGCUUUCUACAAGAAGAACAACCGAUGGACAGAGGGUCUCAUCUCGGCUGCCAAGGCUGUUGCUGGGUCCACUAACACCUUGAUCGAGACGGCCGAUGGUGUUAUCUCUGGCCGCAACUCUCCAGAGCAGCUGAUCGUUGCCAGUAAUGACGUGGCGGCUAGUACCGCUCAGCUGGUGGCCGCCAGUCGUGUCAAGGCCACGUUUAUGAGCAAGACCCAGGAUCGGUUGGAGACUGCCAGCAAAGCUGUCGGGGUUGCUUGCCGGACAUUGGUGCGACAGGUGCAAGACAUCAUUCGGGAGAAGCACCGGGACGAGACGGACACUGUCGAUUACUCCAAGCUCAGCUCGCACGAGUUCAAGGUGCAAGAGAUGGAGCAGCAGGUCGAGAUUCUCCAGCUCGAAAACAACCUUUCCCGGGCACGCCAGCGGUUGGGAGAGAUGCGCAAGAUUUCUUACCAGGAAGACUAAAGUCUUGCUAUUUCUGGUGUUUGCAUUUAAGCGUGUCGUCUCCGCGCAAUGGGAUUUCAAUGGUGGCUGGUGGCUUAUUUGACGGUGACUUUGCAAAG